UCUUUUUUUUUUUUUUCAAAAAAAAUAAUUAAAAAGAAACACCUUCAUUUCUCUUCCGACUCUAUAAAUAUUGAGCAACAAUCACAAUUCCCCUCCACAUUCUGCCAUCGUUCUCUCUCUUAUUAUCCCUCGCGAAAGAUAAACACAUUUUAGUUGCUACGAAUGGGAACCGUUGAAGCUGCGAAAAAGGAUGCAAAUGGAAGCAUCCUAGUGAAAAAUCCUACAGUUGUUUUUGUAUUAGGUGGCCCAGGCAGUGGAAAGGGUACUCAAUGUGCAAAUAUUGUCCAAAAUUUUGGGUAUACUCACCUCAGUGCUGGUGAUCUUCUGCGAGCAGAAAUCAAAUCUGGUUCUGAAAAUGGUACAAUGAUACAGAAUAUGAUUAAGGAAGGAAAAAUUGUUCCCUCUGAGGUAACAAUUAAGCUCUUACAAAGAGCAAUGGAGGAAAUUGGCAACGACAAAUUUCUUAUUGAUGGUUUUCCUCGCAAUGAGGAAAACCGUGCAGCAUUUGAGAAAGUGACAGGAAUAGAGCCAACAUUUGUCCUAUUUUUUGAUUGCCCUGAGGAAGAGAUGGAGAGGCGACUGCUUAGUAGGAAUCAGGGUAGAGAAGAUGACAAUAUUGAAACAAUAAGGAAGCGGUUUAAGGUUUUCUUGGAGUCGAGUCUCCCUGUGAUUAAUUAUUAUGAUGCCAAGGGAAAAGUUCGCAAGAUUGAUGCUGCAAGGCCAAUUGAAGAGGUAUUUGAGUCCGUCAAAGGAAUUUUUGCUCCAAAGAAUGAGAAGGCUGAUUGAGCACGUUCUCCUUGAUUCCAUGGUGAUAUUUUAGAGGUCAUAUUAGUAUUCGCUGCUUGUUCUAUCGUCUCACAUUUUGAUGCUAAAUAUAGAAAAUUGUAGUUUGUAUCGGAGGCCGUUACCUCUGUAUUCUAUUGUUAUAUCUUGUUGACUCAUUCAUUUUUUUUUCUUCUUCUUGUAAUAAAGGACUUUGUGUGGGAUUCUUUCUACCAUAAUGUUCACUUAUCCCGUUUAUAUUUUA